ACAAAAAUGAUUUCAUCCAAUCAAAUCUCAGCUUACAUAUUCUUUUGGAUAUUUGCAAAUACCUAAACAACAAAAAUGCCUACAUGUCUGAGAGCUAAGUGUGUAGUUGUGGGUGAUUCUACAGUUGGGAAAAGCUCACUUUGUCAAGCCUUUCAUAGUGAUGGUUCACAUUUUCCAAAGAACUAUAACUUGACCACAGGAGUGGAGCUAUUGGUAAAACAUGUCAACAUUCCAGAUUCUAAAGAUAGUGUGGAGUUAUACAUGUAUGAUUCUGCUGGAAAAGAAAUUUUCUCCGAACUUGUGCAAAAAUUCUGGGAACAACCAUCAGUUGUCAUGGUAGUGUAUGAUGUCACCAGUGAAACUUCCUUCUCAAGCUGUGCCAAGUGGCUAGAAAGAGUAAAAUCUCACAAGCCUGAUGUGCACAUACCUGGAGUAUUGAUAGCCAAUAAAAUAGAUCUUGAUGAAAGGAGAGUAAUUAGUCCCAAGGCUGGCUUGGAGUUUGCGGAAAGCAAUGGACUCAAGUACUUCGAAACGUCAGCUAAAGAAAUACAGAAUGUGGAUGCAGCAUACUACUAUCUUGCAAACGAGUUCCACAAGUUGUAUCAGGAGAGAUUAGAGACAUUCAAAUCCUUGUCAUAAUGUAUAAAAUAUUUAUUGUGAAUUACAUUCCGUCCAUUUCUUUAAA